UAACAACAAAGGCAGCAGGUUGACUCAGGAGGCUGGAGGAUAUACUAGUGAGAUUCUCACCCGCUCUUUUUCCUAAUUAACACCGUCUUCACUACCUCAUUCACAAUUUCAAAACGUCAGAGUAUUUACACUGGGUGCAGAAUUUUGUUUGAUGGAGGAAAUAACACAAGAGAAUGAGACCCCAGUAGCUGGUCUACUACUUACGUUGGGCACACCAGUGGCAAUUGUUGGAGCUGUUUUAGCCGGAUUCCUCCUGGCAAAACUAAAGCCUCCGGUUCAGAAGCAGCCCAUCGUAGGAGAUACACGAAGUCCAGAUUCAGACAUGGUGCGUGUCCGCAGAUCAACAUCUGAAAAUGAAUGUCCAAUUUGUAUGGAUCAAGCAAAGUUUGCUGUGGAAACAAAUUGUGGCCACAUGUAUUGUGCAAGCUGCAUUGUCCAGAACUGGAAGACUAAUUUUAGCACAUCGCCCAUGCCGUGCCCUUUCUGUCGUCAAGAGGUAACUCUACUAUUGCCAUGUUUUUCUGAAGGUGAAACAAACACAGCGGAACUGUCAGAGGUGGAAGAAAGGGAGCGCAUAAUGGUCGAUGUGAGGCAGUACAAUCGCAUGUACUCUGAGCACCCUAGAUCAUUUUAUGGACAGCUACAGGACCUGCCCACCAUCUUACGCCACAUCUGGGCAGAACUAUUCACCUGGCGUGGUAUUGAAAUGUUGUCAAGAUUCAGAUUUAUUAUUUGUGUUGCCACUGCUAUUAUAUAUGCAAUAACACCCAUUGACCUAAUUCCAGAGGCCUUUUUGGGUCUUCUUGGGCUCAUUGAUGAUGUUGUAGUCAUUGCUUUCUUGUUGAUACAAGUUAGUGUUGUUUACCGUACAGUGGUGGCUAAUAGGGACUGGUAGAACUACCAUCAUUAUAUUAAAGGUAAUUUUAUAUUAUGGCAAGAAUUAAGAAUUCAACAGUACUUUAAGGUAAGAGCAAGAUUUUUUGUAUAUUUUUAAUUUUAAAAUACAGUACUGUGUAUAAAAAUGCUCUUCUUAUAUAAAAUCUUUUAAUGCUGUUGCUGUGUUUAAACUUAAAAUACUAAACUGGAAAAAAUAAAUUAUAAAAUUAAUGUACUGUAGUUUUUUAAUUUAUUAAAAGUGCAGUGAUGUUAAUUCAACUUAUAUGCAAAUCAUGUGGGUUUUUUUGUGCGGUACCAAAUUUUUUUUAGCGUGUGAAAGCUUAAUACUGAACUAACAUCAGAGAGGAACAUAAAUCUGGUGUAUUUCUUAUCUCAAGUUAUAUGAUCUUUAUAACUUACAUAUCUAAUCAAUACUUGGAAUGCCUUAAAAUGAAAUAUCACAGAGUGUGCCUGCUCGUAGAUAGAAAAUACUUUUGAAGUGAAUUGCUUUAAAAAAAUCUUCAUGUGCUGUUAAUUUUCUGCUUGGCAUACCUGUUUAAUAUCACUUGGUCAGAAGUUGAAUAUGCUUAAUAAGUGAACACUAAUAAUUAAAGUUAAAUUUAUGGUAGUCAUUGUUGAAUGAGAGUAUUGGUCAUAAUUCUUUGUGGUGCAGUGUAUAAAAUAAUCUAUAGUUUUUAUUGCUUAUUAUUUAUAAAUACUGUAUGCCAAAAUAAAAUAAAAAAUUAUUAUAUAUACAACUCAAAAUAUUUAUUGCAUAAAUUACCCUUCUGUAAUAAGUAAGGAGGUAUUUUAGACUAGAAAUAUAUUAGAUAAAAGCUGUAUUUUUCUCUGACUUUAUUCAUAAAGACAGUAAAACAAUAGAGUAUUUGCUCUUGUAACUUGUGAUGUGUGUUAUCUUAGGUUGCUCUGAUGCAGACACAAGCAAGAUAACUUUUAUAUGCACUGUGAUGCAAUACAAUACUGAAGACAUUAGCUAGUGCCAAAACAGGUUCUUAUAACUGCUUUGUUGCUACAUUCAAAAUACAAUAUGUAAACUUUUAUUACACAUUGGCCGUUUCCCACCAAGGUAGGGUGGCCUGAAAAAGAAAACUUUCACCAUCAUUCACUCCAUCACUGUCUUGCCAGAGGCGCGCUUACACUACAGUUAUAAAACUGCAACAUUAACACCCCUCCUUCAGAGUGCAAACACUGUACUUCCCAUCUCCCAGACUCAAGUCUGGCCUGCCAGUUUCCCUGAAUCCCUUCAUAAAUGUUACCUUGCUCACACUCCAACAGCAUGUCAAGUCCUAAAAACCAUUUGUCUCAAUUCACUCCUAUCUAACACGCUCACGCAUGCUUGCUGGAAGUCCAAAUGCCUCACACACAAAACCUCCUUUACCCCCUCCCUCCAACCUUUCCUAGACCAACCUCUACCCCACCUUCCCUCCACUAGAGAUUUAUACACUCUUGAAGUCAUUCUAUUUCGUUCCAUGUCCGAACCACCUCAACCUCUCCUCAGCCCUCUGGAUAAUAGUUUUGGUAAUCCCGCAUCUCCUCCUAGUUUCCAAACUACGAAUUCUCUGCUUUAUAUUCACACCACACAUUGCCCUCAGAUACGACAUCUCCAUUACCUCCAGCCUUCUCCUUGUUGCAACAUUCACCAUCCAUGCUUCACACCCAUAUAAGAGCAUUGGUAAAACUAUACUCUCAUACAUUACCCUCUUUGCUUCCAUGGACAAAGUUCUUUGUCUCCACAAACUCCUCAGUGCACCACUCACCUUUUUCCCCUCGUCAAUUCCAUGAUUCACCUCAUCUUUCAUAGACCCAUCUGCUGACACAUCCACUCCUAAAUAUCUGAGUACAUUCACCUCCUCCACUCUCCUUCCAACCUGAUAUCCAAUCUUUCAUUACCUAUUUUUUUUUAUCUUACUCUUUCCUAUAUUCACUUUCAAUUUUCUUCUUUUACAUACCCUACCAAACUCAUCCACCAACCUCUCCAACAUCUCUUCAGAAUCUCCCAAAAGCACAGUGUCAUCAGCAAAGAGCAACUGUGACAACUCCCACUUUGUGUUAGAUUCUCUAUCUUUUAACCCCAAACCUCUUGCCAACACCUGAGCAUUCACUUCUCUUACAACCCCAUCUAUAAAUAUAUUUUACAACCAUGGCGACAUCACACAUCCUUGUCUAAGUCCUACUUUUUCUGGGACAUAAUCUCUCUCUCUCCUACAUACUCUAACCUGAGCCUCACUAUCCUCAUAGAAAACUUUUCACUGCUUUCAAUAUACCUCCUAUUCCAUACAUUUGCAACAUCUGCCACAUUGCCCCCUCUAUCCAUCAUGUCUUUACCAAAUUCAUAAAUGCCACAAAAAACUCUUUACCCUUAUCUAGAUACUGUUCAUCUAUAAGUUUUGUUGUAAACACUUGGUCUACACACCCUCUACCCUUCCUAAAGCCUCCUUGUUCAUCUAUCCUGCUCUUCGUACUCUUAAUUCUUUCAAUAAUAACUCUCCCAUCCACUUUACCAGGUAUACUCAACAGACGACGACUUCUUUCAACAGACCAGCCGUAUCCCACCAAAGCAGGGUGGCCCAAAAAGAAAACCAAAAGUUUCUCUUUUUAACCCUUUCAGGGUCAAGACCCCCAAUCCUGAUCUCGCACUCAGGGUUGAAAAUUUUUCAAAAAAAAAAAUUCUGAAAUGAUAAUCUUUUCCCGAUGGUAUUGACACCAAAAGUAUGAAAUUUGAUGGAAAACUUACGAAAUUACGCUCUCAUGAAGUUAGCGAUAUCAGCGAUAUUUAUGCAUCAGCGAUUUUGCCCACUUUGAGCCCUAUUUUCGGCCAAUUCCAUUUUUCCAGCCAACUAAAAUCAUAGUUAUUUCACUAAAGCUCCAUUUGUUCUAUCGAUUGAGUACAAGAAACCUCCCAUUUACUGAUUUCAACUACCCAAUAAAGUGGUCAGAAAUUGGCAAUUUGGCCACUUUCACACAAAUUUCAAAAGAUGCCAAUAUCAAAAUAGGGUCCAGAAUAAACAAGACAGAUGACAUUCUUGGCACUAAAAUAACAUUUUCCCUGUUCAUCAGUCACAUCUCCAGGCCCCUCUUAUAUUACUCUUGCUUUCCAUUUUUAAUUUUUCUCACAAACCCCUCAAAGGAGGUUCCUUGAUGCUGAAGGGCUCUUGAUCUAGGGAAUUAGAGCUAUGCUCCAGUUCCCUGAAUUGAGCCUGAAUACCUUCCAUCCCUCCACAUGCGCUUUGUAAUCCUACGGGUUUAGUGCUCCCCAUGAUUAUAAUAAUAUUCUCACAAAAAAUAGAAGAUUGUUAUGCAGACUACUGCAUUAUUGUAAAAACGGCAUAAAUUAUAUCAGCGCACUUGUGAAAGAAUAAUAGACUCGCCAGUUGAUGUGAAUUGGACGCGUGAUGUGAUUUGUUUACUCUUGAACAUCUGCAAAAUCGAACAUUUCCGCUAUUUUGAGCUCAAUUUCAAGGUAAUUUUCGUGAAACCAAUCAAAAUCAUCUAUUUCUGUAAUAUAUCUUCCAUUCUACCAAUUAAGACCAAGAAAAAAGAGAAUACAACUAUAAAAACCAUACAAAAAUACACUGCAAAGUCACUGUUUUAAACUAAAAGCACAGUCGGAGUUUUUUUUUUCUCAUGCACUGCAUGCUGUAGGAUUUUUUUUAUACUGUGCACAAUGACCAUGCAGACCCAUUCUUUCAUAUGUAUACCUACCAGCUUUUUUCUGCUCGAUUUGAAGGUGCUAGAAUUUUGGCGUAUAAGUAUGGCACAACCCUAGCUCUCAAGCCGUACAUGUAUGGUACCGACCCUGGCUCUCAAGCCGUACAUGUAUGGUACCAACCCUGAAAGGGUUAAAUAUAAUAAUUUAUACAGGAGAAGGGGUUAUUAGCCCCUUGCUCCAGCAUAUUAGUAGCCUCUUACAACACGCAUGGCUUACAGAGGGGGAAUUCUGUUCCACUCACCCAUGGAGAUAAGAGGAAAUAAACAAGAACGAAAACUAGUAAGAAAAUAGAAGAAAACCCAGAGGGGUUGUGUAUAUAUAUGCUUGUACAAGUGUAGUGUGACCUAAGUGUAGGUAGAAGUAGCAAGACAUACCUGAAAUCUUGUAUGUUUAUGAGACAGAGAAAGGACAUCAGCAAUCCUACCAUCAUGUAAAACAAGUACAGGCUUCUGUUUUACAUUCACUUCGCAGGACGGUAGUACCUCCCUGGGCAGUUACUGUCUACCAACACUCAACAUAGUCCCCUGUAAUUUUUGCAUUCUCUUUUGUCCCCUUUACCUUUAUACAAAUGAACUAUGCAUGCUCUCUGCCAAUCCCUAGGUACCUUACCCUCUUCCAUACAUUUAUUAAAUAAAAGCACCAACCACUCCAAAACUAUAUCCCCACCUGCUUUUAAAAUUUCUUUCUUUAUCCCAUCAAUCCCAGCUGCCUUACCCCCUUUCAUUCUACCCACUGCCUCACAAACUUCCCCCACACUCACAAACGGCUCUUCUUCGUGCCUAAGAGAUGUUAUUCCCCUUGCCCUAUACACAAAAUGACAGCUUCCCUAUCUUCAUCAACAUUCAACAAUUCCUCAAAAUAUUCCCUCCAUCUUCCCAAUACCUCUAACUCUCCAUUUAAUAACUCUCCUCUUCUAUUUUUAAUAAUCAAAUCUAUUUGUUCCCUAGGCUUCCUCAACUUAUUACUCUCACUCCAAAACUUUUUCUUAUUUUCAACAAAAUUUAUUGAUAACAUCUCACCCACUCUCUCAUUUACUCUCUUUUUAAAUUGCUUCACCACUCUCUUAACCUCUCUUUUCCUCUCCAUAUUCUCCUUCCUUCUUGCAUCACUGCUGUAUAGUCCUUGUGGCUUAGCGCUUCUUUUUGAUUAUAAUAAUAAGAAUAAUAAUAAUAAUUCUUGCAUCACUUCUACUUUAUAAAAACCUCUCGUAUGCUAACUUUUUCUCUCUUACAUCUCUUUUUCUCUUUACAUCAUCAAUCCACCAAUUACUCUUCUUCCCUCCUGUAACCACAAACUUCUGCUGAACACUCUAACACUACAUUCUUAAACCUACCCCAUACAUCUUCAACCCCAUUGCCUAUACUCUCACUAGCCUAUCUGUCCUCCAUUACUUGUUUAUGUCUUACCCUAACUGCCUCCUCCUUUAGCUUAUAAACCUUUACCUCUCUUACCUGCUGCUUCCAUUUUCCUUGUAUCCCAUCUAUCUUUUACUCUCACUGUAGCUAUAACUAAAAUGUGAUCUGAUAUAUCUGUGGCCCCUCUGUAAACAUGUACAUCCUGAAGUCUACCCAACUGUCUUUUAUCUCCUUACACAUAGCCCAACAAACUACUGUCAUUACACCCUAUAUCAUAUCUUGUUUACCAGUUUAUCCUCUUUUUCUUAAAAUAUGUAUUACCUAUAACCAAACCGCUUUCUAUGCAAAGUUCAAUCAAAGGCUCCCCAUCAUCAUUUACACCUGGAACCCCAACUUACCACACCCUCUAAACGUUUCUCCUACUUAAGCAUUUAGGUCCCCUACCACAAUUACUUUCUCACUUGGUUCAAAAGUUCCUACACCCUCGCUUAACAUCUCCCAAAAUCUCUCUUUCUCCUAUACACUCCUCCCUUCGUCAGGUGCACACACACUUAUUAUGACCCAUUUUUUGCAUCCACUUCUAUUUGCUAACACUAAUUUUAAAUCUAUAACAUUGGUUUUGGUUAACUGUAUGGUGUAUGUAGAAUAGUUAAAAAAAUAAUUGAGGGAGUAUUAUCUCUAAGAUCUGUACAGAUACAUGUAUAAUUAUCCUGAGUUAAGACAUUAAUGUAUUUGUGGUUGACUAGAAGUUUGUUUGAAACUUAAUGCAUCUUUUGCACUUCACUUAUCCAGGAAUAAGGCAAGACUAAUAGAAGCAAAUGUUAACACCAUAAUAGAACAUUGAAGCUGGAUAUACAGUAAGGUCCCACUUUACGGCAUUCCGCUAAUACGGACAUUUCAAAUUAUGACCAAAACUCGCUAUGCGACUCCCCCCCCACCUGACUUUCUAAUACAGUCACCGUGCCCCAACCGGUUUGUUUACAUUCUUCAUGAACACCACAUCUCUCCAUUAUGUCUGGAAACUUAACAAAAUUUCAAGUGUUUUACAAUUAUUUUAUGUUUUAUAUAUUCUCUGAUAAUUAUCAGAGUAUAUAUAUCAAGCUCUCACUUGCAAACAGCCAGGGAAUUGUUGGUAAUUCCCUUUCAGUGUGGAGAGAGGGUAUUGAAGUCUCAGUCUCAUUGCACUUACUGACUUAACUUUUAGUGUACCCAUUGCACCCCUGCUUUGCAGUGGGGGUAUUUUGCACACACUGCCCAGCAGCUUGUUUUAAUAGGGAAUUAUUUUAGUAGUACGCAGAUUUGGGACCAAUCCCUUCAGAAUUUUCAAGGUGUAAAUUACAAUGUAUCUUUCUCACGUAUAGUCCAAGGAGUAAAGUUCAAGGACUUCAAGGAUUCCCAGUAAUUUAGGUGCUUGACUGACUUUUAUACAUGCAGGGCAGGUUCCCUAAGAUGUCAUUUUUUUAGAAAUGAUUUACUUUUAUUGCUGAGGCCUACACCAGGUUGGAUAUAGAACCUGAAAUUCAUAAUGAAUGUAUGCACAUUAUUUAAUAUAAAAUUUUUGCUUCAUGAAUGAUUUCUGCUCUCAUUAUUUUUUAAAUUGCACUUCUGUACUGUACUUUAAUUAUCUUCAUAGAAAUGAAUGAAUAAAUGAAAUCAGUGUGCGAGCUCAUUCAGGUUACUUCUUUCCUUGCCCAUCAUACAUCACAUCAGAUAUUUUUUCCAUUUAAUUUUUUCUGUUAAAGGAAAUUAUUUUGACCUAGUAUGCCAAAUGCCUGGGACACUGACCUAAUUUGCCCGAAAUGCGGAGCAUAACAAGGGACUUUCUAUAUAGUAGUAUGUCAUUGUUAUCAGCUAGGCCUGUAUACCCUGUACAUGUACUUGUAGUAAAAUAAAGAUAUUAUUAUUAUUAUUAUUAUUAUUAUUAUAAGUAUUUCAGACAUAAUUCUCACAUUAUAACACAAUUUGGGCAUAAUAAUACUGUUUUUUCUUAAUUUGUCAUAUAUUUCUCUUCAUAAACUGACCCAAAGAGGGAAACAUUUACCCUCAUUCAUGCCUUAGCUGCCUUGCGAGAUAUGCAAGGUUACCACAAUUUAAAUAGCCUUCCAGGCUGCAACAUCCCCCACCUUUCCUUCAUAGUGUAGGCAUUGCACUUCCAUCCUUCAGAACUCAAGUCCAGCUAACCAUUUUCACAGUAUCUUUUCGUAAACAUUGUCUUCUUCCCCCUCCAAGAGCAUGUCAAAUCCUAAAACAAACUGGUCUCAUAGAAACUAGUACUCAUACAUAACUCUUCAGGGCAUUCUCCCAAGUACCAGAAGCUAUAUUUCACUAUAAAAUGUAGUGUCUAUAAAGACUAAGUUCUUGAUUUAAAAGAAUUCAGAAAUACAGGAAACAGUGGAUAUAGUCUGUUGGUUAUAGAAUUGUCCAUUGUUGUUACAAUAAUGGCAAAACAAUUUCAUUUCUGUGCACCAUGAUCAAUACUACCAACCACCCAUUCCCCCUCCUCUAUUAGUCCAUUAAAUCAGGGGUUUACUUUACUCGCCUAUAUGUGGUUGUAGGGGUCUAGUCCUAGCUCCUGGCCCACCCUCUCAGUUGCCGCUUACCAGAUUCACCGCCUCCUUGCCUUAUGGGCCUGUUGUACUUACUCUUAAAGCUAUGUAGGAAGCAGAGGCUGACUGGCCAUACAAGCAUUUGGGCAAUGCCUGGUGGACCACUGUGUAGGGUAAAAAAAAAAAAAAAAAAAAAAAAGAAAGAAAAAAAAUGUCAUAAAAAACUAAAGUCACAG